UCCUCAACAAAAUGUUGAUACAUCUACUCCUUCGAGCCCCCGUGCCCCUUCACCAAAAAGGGCACGGGUUGAAAAUAUUGUUGAUCCUGCCCCUCAGUUGGGCAGUUCGUCGCCCCCGCUCCUAGAUGAUCCUAUGAUCAAGGAUCUUCUCCGCAUCGGUUCCCAAUUUAUUGGGUACCGUGAAUAUGCUAAUAGAGCCGAAGAGAAACUUGCAGAGGCUAACGAACGCGCCGACGCACUGGCUCAAAAACUUGAGCAAAGUGAGGCGGCUCGCAAGAAAGCCGAACUCGCUGCUAGCAAAGCCAAGGUCGAAGCUGAUGAAGCUAAGGCGAAAGCUGCUGGUGUCGAGGAACUGCAGAAGAAACUUGAGGAUGCGACAGCUGCCUUGGAUGAGCACAAAGCUGCACAAGCUUCUCGUGACGAAGGAAUCCUCAAGCGUUUGAAGUCGCAAAGUCGACGUACUCUGACCCAAACAAACCAGGAUUUUGAUCUGGAUAAUCCUGUCAACGAUCCUCUCCUUGACGCACUUUCUCUUCUGGAGUUUCACGGGCGCGAAAUUCGUGAAGGCGUGGCGAAUGCUAAUGCAGGAUUGUCAGCGUUGUUCCCUUACUUCUUCCCGAAGAAAGAAGAACCCGCGACUUUCCUUAAUCUUGCCAAGAUGUUCAAUACGUCGGAAGACCUUGGACUAAAGGUGCGCCAAGAGAAUAUGAAGGUUGCCGUUGAGAGCACUGUCGCAUUGGUUGUCGACGAUCAACGGUCUAUUGACUGGAUGAAAGUUGCUGAAAAGGAAAAGCUGCCCCUCCAGCACCAGCGCGACCUCGAGGCCCAGCGAGCUGAAACUGCCAAGAUGAAGGAGCAGCUGCUUCAGGUCGGACUGCAGCAUGCCAAGGCGCUGAAGGAUGCCAUUGCUGCCGGCAAAGCGAAGGUGGAGGAGGCUAAGGAGCAGCUGGGCCAGGAGCGAAGCCACGAAAUCUUCCCGGACUCCCAGGAACGUGCCGAAGCGGUCGUUGCCAAAGUCCGUGUCGAGGCUCCAGCUUCCGAUGCCAGCUCCCCUUGGAUCACACAUGACUACCUGACAUCUCUCUCCUCCCGCGUCCUGCAUAUGAAAAUCGUCGACCGACAUCUUGCUCAGCUUCCAGAGGCCGCGCUCAAGAUCUUCAAGUGCCUUUGGCCCAGAGAACCGGUUCCGGACUAUCCUCGCAUUGUCCUUACGCCCACGCGUAUUAUUAAGUGCAAAAAUAAUUUCUAUCACGUCAAUAUGCCAGAAAAUGACAGUUUUAAUUGA